UAUCUUAAAAAAAAUUGCAGCCUUUUCUUUUGUGAAAGAGACUGCUUUCGUGUUCAUAUAAUUUCUUUCACUCACAGAAGGCCAAUGUUAUGAGAAAGCUACUUCUAUAAAGAAAUGACCUUUUUUAAAUGUCUCGAGGUCGAUUAUGAAUCAGCAAAAAGUGAAGUCAGCAGUUGCCACUCCUCCUUCAAUAAAACGUACCAGCUCAGCGUGGAAAUAAAUCGCGUAGCGACUGCAGAAGAGAAAAAAGCUCUAGAUAAUGAAAAGUUUGGAAGCAUCGUUUGCAAGGCGUUAGCCAAGUUAAUAGAAUCGAGCAACGCUUCUAAUAACUUUAAAGACAAGAAAAGUGGUGAAGGGGCCACUACUUUAACAAACGCUUUUAAAAAUUUUCAAUGCCACGAUGAAGUCCCAGCAGUUCCUAUAAAAACUUUUUGGAAGUUUAAUUUUGGUUAUCAUAGUGGAAGCAUUUUUAGAAAUAUUCUAAGUUUUUCUAAUCAAAUCUGUAGCAUUAACUUGGAAAGUAGAAACGGAAGCGAGAAUGAAUUUAUUAAAAAGGCCGUUAUUGCCGGGCACCCCGUAACUUUAUUACCUUUAGUUUUUCAGCUGGAAGACUACGUAAGUGAUGAACAAGGCGACAACAACGAGGUUGUCUGCGCGAGGCAGUGGAUGCUUCCUUCCACUCACUUCCACGGCCUUUGGUACUUUUUUCUUAUAAAAAAAUUCUCCUGCCUAUUCAAGCCCUUAUACAUUACAGAAGCCUCUAACAUGAGCAUCAUCUACCAUUUGUAUAAUUAAAAAUUUUAUAUCAUAAAAAUUUUAACUAGGGAAUCACUGAUUUACGAAUCGACCUUAAAAGAUCAGUUACUUAGUUAUGCACUGACUUUAUCAUUAUUUUCAAAUAUUGGAAUUAACGAGAAUGUCAUGUCGUACAACCGGCUGGUGUUUUUGUACGGGCCUCCUGGUACAGGGAAAACUACUCUCUGCAAGGCGUUAUCUCAAAAAAUGGCGAUCCGCAGUAAAGAUAAUGUACAGUGCCAACUUAUCGAGCUUCACAGCGAAAGCCUCAUGUCGAAGUACUUUUCCGAAAGUGGAAAGUUAGUUAACAGAAUGUUUGAAAAGAUUCAAGAUUUGAUCGCGGACGAACGAACUUUCGUGUUUGUACUUAUUGAUGAGAUAGAAACUCUUGUAACUUCCCGAAAAAAACUUACUGAAAAUGAACCGAGCGACGUUAUGCGAGUCGUCAAUACGAUUCUUACUCAAAUUGAUCAACUUCGAAACUACUCAAACGUAAUGUUACUAACUACUUCAAAUAUGUUAAUAUCAAUAGAUUGCGCAUUUAUUGAUCGUGCCGAUGUUAAAUUUUAUGUGGGCUUACCGAGUGAGUCUGCCAUAUACGCGAUCCUGUAUUCAUGCAUCUUGGAAUUAAUUCGAGUUAAUUUGAUCACUAGCCCUCAUAAAGGCCCUCCUUUAUUACUUCCACUGGACGAAUUAAACGAAAAAUUUCAAAAUAACUCUCAACUGAAAGAGAAGAGAGUAGCAAAUAGCGAUCAUUUGCGAAAAAUCAGUUCGCUUUGUCGAGAGUUAAGUGCCAGAACAAUCAAAAAAUUGCCAUUUAUGGCUUACGUAUCACUUUUAAGUGAAAUUAGCAAUCCCAUAGAUCUUGAGGGAUUUUUGAGUCAACUUGAAAUUGCUACUAAAAAGGAAGGUAGCAGUAUUAAAAUCCUUCACUGUUCCUAAAAAUUAAAAUAAUAAAC